UAUAGGAGAUGUUGAGCUAAAUUCAAGAGACUACUCAAGGAAAUAUGCGAUAUAUUCUGGCGACGGGAGAGAGAAAUUCGAGUUUUGAGAAGUACGACAACUCAUUCUGACCCGACAAGUUUACGCGAUGCCGCAUGCGACGACAGAAUCCAAGAUCGAUAUAUUCAUCGAUCGCGGCGGUACUUUCACGGAUUGUAUCGGAAUUCCUCAAUCAGGCGCAGGAGGCGACAUAGUGAUCAAAUUGCUCUCUGUCGACCCAGCAAAUUACGAAGAUGCGCCCACCGAAGGCAUACGGCGAAUUCUUGAGGCUUUCACAGGCCACCCGCAUCCAAGAGAUGCUAAGCUUAGUUCGGACUCUAUUGGCGUUAUCCGAAUGGGGACAACGGUAGCAACCAAUGCUCUGUUGGAAAGAAAGGGGGAACGCUCAGCUCUUCUAAUCACCGAAGGUUUCCGCGAUGCUCUAGAGAUUGGGUACCAAGCUAGGCCGAAGCUGUUCGAUCUUGCCAUUAGUAAGCCAGAUGUGCUUUACUCAGAGGUGGUUGAGGUCGAAGAGCGGGUUACUAUGGAAGAUUCAACCAAGGACCCUAUCCAAGGAGGUAUUAAUGUUGAAUUCGACCCAGCUUUAAGAGUUGGCCAAAGUGGUGAUAUCGUUCGCAUUCUCAAGCCGUUGAACAUCCAGAGUACGAGAAGGUCACUUCAAGAGCUCUUUGAAAGGGGGUACAGGAGCAUAUGCAUAUGUCUAGCACAUAGCUAUAGUUUCCCCGACCAUGAGAAUGCUAUACAAGAUCUAGCAAAAGAAAUUGGCUUUACGAGCAUUUCUGCGUCUGCAAGUCUUAUCCCGAUGAUAAAACUAAUAUCGCGCGGAAUGAGUGCCACGGCGGACGCGUAUCUUACCCCUGAAAUCAAAAGAUACGUCUCAAACUUUAGACAUGGGUUUAUGGACAACUUAAAAAACACUAGAUGUCAGUUCAUGCAAAGCGACGGCGGCCUUGUUGACGUGGAAAGGUUUUCCGGCCUGCGCGCCAUUUUAUCGGGUCCUGCUGGAGGUGUCGUUGGAUAUGCGAAAACGUCUUGGCAUUCCGACGACAACACACCAGUUAUCGGCUUUGACAUGGGAGGCACAUCAACAGACGUCAGUCGUUACGCUGGAGAUCUCGGUCAUGUAUUCGAGACUACCACUGCCGGCGUCACAAUUCAGUCACCUCAGCUCGAUAUUAACACCGUCGCUUCUGGCGGUGGCAGUAUCCUCGGUUGGAAAAACGGGCUUUUCACUGUUGGCCCAGAGAGUGCCUCGGCGCAUCCAGGUCCGGCAUGCUAUCGUAAAGGUGGACCGUUGACCGUGACAGACGCCAACUUGUUCCUCGGUCGGCUUCUUCCAGAAUACUUCCCCGCUAUAUUCGGACCCGAUGAGAACCUCCCACUCGACUAUGAAGUCACGAAGACUAAGUUCCUUGAACUUACUAAUUCCAUCAAUACGGCAUCAGCGACACAAAAAUCGCCUGAGGAGGUAGCAUUAGGGUUUCUAGCUGUGGCUAAUGAGGCUAUGUGUCGACCCAUCCGAGCACUUACCGAGGGCAAGGGGUAUCACACAUCAGCUCAUCGGCUUGCAGUAUUCGGAGGUGCAGGCGGACAGCACGCUGCAUCGAUCGCCCGGAACUUGGGGAUCAACACGGUUCUUAUUCACAAGUACUCUAGUAUCUUAUCGGCGUAUGGCAUGGCCCUCGCCAAUCUCGUAGAGGAAGUUCAAGAACCCUCUUCCCUAGUUCUAGAGCCAGCAUCGGCAGCCGAAAUUUCUCAAAAGUUCGGAAAUCUAAAGGAACGCGCCAUACAAGGUCUUCUUCAACAAGGUGUUUCAUCCACUAAGUAUAUUGAAACUCAACAAUUUUUGAACCUACGAUAUGAAGGUACUGACACCCAGAUGAUGGUGUCCCUAUCACAAGAUGGCGACUUCAAGAGAGCCUUUGAGGAGCUCCACCAGCAAGAGUUCUCCUUUUUAUUGCCUUCGCGCGACAUUAUCGUUGACGAUAUCCGAGUUCGAGGAAUCGCGAAAGAAUUCGAACGCCAAUCACAUAAUGUCUACAAGGAACUAACCGAAACGACAGUCAAAUCGAAGAAAACACAUGAGAAGGUCACGAGCACUUACUUCGCUAGUGUUGGAUGGGCAGAUACUCCGAUAUAUUUAUUGAAGAACCUUCAACCAGGAGACCAUGUUGAAGGGCCGGGUAUUAUCAUCGACAAUACGCAAACGAUCGUCGUGACGCCAUUUUCGACCGCUACGAUUCUAUCCGAGCAUGUUAUUCUGAGAAUAGGUUCACAGAAUCAAGCGCCCCUGACUCAGUCACUUUCCUUAACAGAUCCGGACCCGGUCCAAUUGUCUAUAUUCGGUCACCGCUUCAUGUCUAUUGCCGAACAAAUGGGUAAGACCCUGCAGAAGACGGCAGUGAGUAUCAACAUCAAGGAAAGGCUCGACUUUUCUUGUGCGAUCUUUGGUCCCAGCGGCGAUCUAGUAGCGAAUGCACCACACGUUCCUGUUCAUCUCGGAAGUAUGGCGUACGCGGUAAAGUACCAACACGAAAAAUACGGUCGCACACUCAAGCCGGGUGACGUCCUCGUUUCGAACCAUCCCAUUGCGGGUGGUACGCAUCUCCCAGAUAUCACCGUGAUUACUCCGGUCUUUGAUCCUAAUGGUGAUGAUAUAAUAUUCUUCGUUGCGAGCAGGGGUCAUCACAGAGACAUAGGGGGCUUCCAAGGAAUCUCGGGUAACGCCAAUGCUACCGAACUAUAUCAGGAGGGUGCAAGGAUCGUUUCGUUCAAACUUGUGUCAAAUGGCAGGUUUGAUGAAAAGGGAAUCACGAAGAUACUAGUCGAUGAACCUGGGCAAUUCCCCAAUUGUGUCGGCACAUCGAGUCUUUACGAUAACCUCUCAGAUCUACGGGCCCAAGUCGCAGCAAACGCCAAGGGUUCGAAACUUAUAGAAAAGCUCUUUGAAGAAUACGGACGCGACGUGGUGCAGUUCUACAUGGACCGCAUCCAAGCGAACGCCGAGGUUGCAGUAAGGAAAUUCCUGCAAAAGACAUCGGAGCGCCUCAGCGGAAACACGCUACGAGCCGUUGAUAGUCUUGAUAAUGGAACGCGCAUUCAACUUGAAAUCCGAAUCAACCCCGACGGAAGCGCGGUUUUCGACUUCACGGGAACUGGCCCCGAGGUCGUGGGUAACAACAAUGCGCCCAAGAGCAUAUGUUUAUCAGCGAUCAUUUAUUCAUUGCGAUGUCUAAUCAACGAAGAGAUUCCCCUGAACCAAGGUUGCUUGUCAUCCAUUCAAGUUAUCAACCCUGAAGGUAGCAUUCUAAACCCCAGCGACCAAGCGGCGGUGUAUGCCGGAAAUACCCAGACGAGUCAACGUGUAGUUGACGUUAUCCUAAGGGCAUUUGACGCGUGUGCUGCCAGCCAAGGGUGUAUGAAUAGUGUCGGAUUCUUUGGAGGUCGAGAUAGAAAUCCCAAUGACGGCUACAAAUUCGCAUAUGGUGAGACUAUCUGCGGUGGAUCAGGUGCAGGACCUGGGUGGAAUGGCGCGAGUGCCGUUCACUGCCACAUGACGAACACUCGCAUCUCAGACGUUGAGAUUAUGGAAAAGCGCUACCCGAUAAUACUAAAGGAAUUUUCUCUUCGCCAAGGUUCAGGGGGACGGGGUCAAUAUAAUGGUGGCAAUGGUGUUGUCCGAGUUAUCGAGUGUCGAGAACCCCUCACAUUCUCCAUGAUAUCCGAGCGAAGAGUUAGUCGGCCUUACGGACUUCACGGCGGCGAAGACGGCGCUCCCGGGGAGAAUCUAAUCAUAAGGAAGACGGGAGAGAAGGAGAGAUUAGUAAGCCUUGGUCCUCGUGGCCUUGUAAAGUUACAGGCUGGCGAGAGGUUCAUUAUCAAGUCACCAGGUGGUGGCGGCUGGGGAACUGAUGAGAAUCCAUGAGUACUGUGAAAGAGGAUAUAAGCGUGACUUUGGAAUAAUUUCUAUAAAACCAUACGUCACGUAGCAAUACGGCUAGCAUCAGUGCGGGCGUCUCCGUUGACUAAAGCUUCAGUUCUUUAUAAUUUCUCA